AUGUCGAAUGCAAAUGAGAAUGGUAAGCAAAAGCAGUAUUCUGAUAGCAAUAACGGGAUGAAGAAGAAAAACAAAAAGGGCAGAGCAUUGACCCUUUCGGAGCUUCUGAUUGGUAAACAAGUGAUACCGCAGGUCUAUGAGAAACAAGCUAAGCGACCUAUGAACGAUCCUCGUGAUCAAAGUCAUGAGACUGAAAACUCCAAAGACAGCGGACAUGGCGAGAAGAAUAAGAAAAAAAUAAUGGCGGGGACCGAGCAAUACAAGGAGAAUGAAACUUUGAGAACGACCGCUAAUUCUCGAACACGUUCCCGUUCGCCUCCCUUUAUUUCAAGAGCCAAUGGAGAUGACAAUUGGAACAUUCCGAAACACACAAACGAUUUUCGUUCUGCAAGAGCAGGCAAUAAUAUAAACAUUAACAAUACCACCUCCAAUUCCAGUUGGAGGUGUUCCGAGUCACAUUCAAAUACCAAUGUAAAUGAAAACUGGAACAUUGCAAAAGAUAGAAGACAAACAUCCAAUUAUAGUAAAGAUUACAGUUCUAGAGCAAACUCUAACAAUGGUAAUUCUGGUUAUUCUCGUCCUCUGUAUGGAAGUGGUUUUAGUAAUAGGCCUUGGCAGCAGCAGCAAAGGAAUACUGCUCACCCUCCAUGUCCUCCCUCCCAAUAUCGUCCACUUUCCAAUAAUUGGGAUGACGACGACCGAAAUUACAGGCUUUAA